ACAAGAACAUUACAAACCAUUUAAGAGUUUUAUGAACUAUCCGAUAUUCAUUCCAGCUUUAGUAAGCAUUCUCAUGAUACGUAUGCAGAUCUUCGUUUGAGUAAAAAAACAUGGCAUUUAAGGAUAAAAAGGUUAUAAUAACUGGAGCUGCUGGAAACAUUGGGAGGGCAUUGGUGGACAGGUUUUUGGCGUCGGGGGCAAUAAUUUUUGCAGUGGAUAAAGCGCAGGAUGGUUUGGAUGCGCUUCAAAGACAAUUUCCAAAUGUUAGAAUUUGCAACAUUGAUCUUAUGGAUUGGGAAGCGACACGAGAAGGCGUGGACGCCUUAGGUCCAGUCCACUAUCUCAUCAACAACGCAGGGCUGGUCAUCGCUGAGAGCUUUCUGGAAAUGAAGCUGGAAAGUAUUGAUUUAUCACUUGGAGUGCAUUUCAAAGGUGCUCUGAAUGUUUCUCAGGUUGUGGUCAAAAACAUGAUCAAAGCUGGGAUACCAGGAUCAAUAGUAAACGUCUCAUCCGUUGCGUCAUUUCGGGCAUCUACAAAAUUGGGUGCAUAUUCCACAUCUAAAGCUGCAAUGGAUAUGUUAACUAAGGUUAUGGCCGUGGAAUUAGGAGAACACAAGAUUCGUGUCAAUUCCAUAAAUCCUUCCGUCAUUUUGACAGAAAUGGCUCAAAAAUUACCUCAAAAUGACAACUUUAUGACAAGAACCCCUUUAAAGCGAAUUGCACGUAUUGAUGAAGUUGUUAAUGCGAUCCUCUUCACGUUGGGAGAUGAGUGUCCAAUAAUGACGGGGAAUUUUCUAACCAUUGAUGGUGGAUAUUCCAUCAGUGCAAAUUAAGGACAAACUGCUGAAUUUGGUUAAAAAAAGUCUCCUUAUCAUAGAUUCUAAAAGCAACAAUUAAUCCUGUCAAAUAGGAAUCCCAACGUCCAAAUAAAGCGAAUAUCUGUAAAUAAACAAAUAUGUUUUACAAAA